CUCAUUUGCAUUGUUUACAUUUUUUGUUUGCCGCACACGCAAAGUUAAAAAACAUUUGAAAGAAUUGCGAAUAUAAAAGUAAUUCAACCUACAGAGUUUAGACUCAGUUUUACAUGAGCUGCCAACGGCACAGCCACGCGUCCGGAGGCCUAAGGAGCGCUAUUGGAGGCCAUCGAGUAGUCCAAUUUGUUGUUGGAAUCGCACCUUCGCCGCCACAUUUCUGGCGUGACUGCGUCGCAUUAAAUCACCGGAAUCACCGAAGAAAUCGCGGCGACGAACAACAACCGGAAGUGCAGCGAAGCAACUGGUGGUCAUGGAGGUUUACGCCUGGGGUGCCAAUUCUCACGGCCAGCUUGGCCUUGGCUUUGAGUCCGAGUUGUGCAUGACACCGCAGCGGGUGGCCAAGAGCUCCUGCUCCUUUGCCGCCGCCCAAGUGCGGUGCAUUCGCGGUGGCGGUGGCCACGUCCUCAUCCUCGACACGAAUGGAAGAGUGCAUGCCUGCGGCUGGAAUAAUCGUGGUCAACUGGGCCUGGACUCAACGGAGGAGUGCCACAAUGAGUUUAAGAUGAUUCCCACCGAAUUCUUUGGGGAAGUACCUGUGGACAAGAUCAGCUGUGGCUGGGACAUAUCCGGCGCCAUUACCCUGACCAAACGCCUAUAUGUCUGGGGAUCGAAUGCCUUCCAGCAGUUGGGAAUAUGUCAACGUGGGUUUUUAGCUGUGAGAAGACCCAUGCCAGUGAAGCUGCCUCGGGAAGAGGAUGCCAUCAGGAUUAGCUUUGGAUUGCGCCACUGUGCCGUACUCACGGAGGAUCACAAGAUUUAUGUCUUUGGACGAUUGAGAAUUAUGGACCCCCCGCCCAUUGAACUGGAUAUCACGGCCACCUGCCUGCAUCGCUGCAAUACGAUAAAGAUACAGGCUCAUAAUCCAAAUGAGCUAAAGAUCGUGUCCCUUUCCAGUGGUCAGAAUAACAUGCUUCUGAAGUGUGUAGAUCUUAGCGAAACUGGAGGCGGCAGCACCAAGAGGAUUCUCACGCUGGGCGACAAUAAAUUUGGUCAGUCGAAUGCCUUUCACUUUGAGGAGGAUGUGCGGCAGCUGGCCGUGGGCUGGACCCACAAUGCAGCGGUGCUAAGGAACAAUGAAAUCCUCCUAUGGGGUCGCAAUUGCUAUGGACAACUGGGAACAGGAUCGUUCAGCGAACAGCAGGCUAUACCGACUCCACUGAGCCUGAAGCUGCCGGAGGAUCAAACACCGGCUAGAAUUCACAUGGGAGCAGAGCAUGGCUUGCUUAGGACAUCUGCGGGAGCAGUGUAUACUUGGGGCUGGAAUGAGCAUGGGAAUUGUGGCAACAACAGCACCGAAAAUAUAUGCAUCCCUACGCUACUUGAGCUACCGGGUCUUGUUAAGUUGGCCGGGGCUGGAGCUGGUUUCUGUUAUACGAUUAUUGACAGUUAA